AUGUGUAGUAAUGGUAAUUUAAAAAAGGAAAGAAAAACAAAACACAACAACAAUAGUACUUGUUACUUUGCUGAUAAGAUGAUGAGAUCAAGGAUUUAUGGUUAUUGUUGUGUUGGUUGGUGUGACUCAAAAGUUGGUGUAUGUUGUGUGAUAGUUGUUGUUAUGGAAGCUGGUACUACUACUGAAAUAGAGUGUGAUGUUAUAGAUAAUCUUGCUUUUGAUGGUGUUGCCGUUGAUGACAUUACUCAUAUGCUAAUGGAUAUUGAAAAUAAAAUAUGGCAAAAAUCAACAAGCAACUAUUAA